CAACAGCAAUAAAUAAUAAGUUGGUGGAUGAAUCCUAGCAGCAAGAAUGGAAGCACGCUGGUUGGUAGGGCUGUGGUUGAUGAAUCGGUCCUCCCCUCCCUCCCUCCGCCCCUGCUGUUACUACUGAAUACGCCCACCGACUGACUGACUGACAGAGACAGACAGACAGACAGACAGACGGGAUGAUGUGUAUUUACUACUUACUCUACGUGUGCUUGUAAUUAGUCAGUCAGUCAGAGAGCUGUUGGGGGCGAGGGCGUGGGGAGGAGACAGAUUCUAUUUAAACUCCAAACCAGUCAGCUAUGACCACUGCCACUCUGGUCCCUCAACUCAGGAAGCAACUGCAACACCACACCUCCGCUACCGCUCUGUCCCUGUCCCUGCGUGAAUGUGCGGAGACUUACUCCCCCGAGUCGAGGAAAGCCAGAACCUCUCACGCCAAGCUCGUUAAAGUGGGUGGACCUGGACCUGGAGGGGUUCGGUCUCACAACCAUUUGCUGAAUGCGUACGCCCGGUCCGGGGGGGACCUCAACAGCGCCCUCCAACUGUUUGAGGAAAUGCCCCUGAAGAAUGUGGUGUCAUGGACUCUGCUGAUCGCGGGCCUCGUGCGCAGAGCCUUUCCGCUUCAGGCAGUAUCUUUGUUCUCAGAGAUGCAUCGCAGCAGCAGCAGCAUUAGGCCCAACGAGUAUACUUUUGUGAGCGCACUCCAAGCGUGCUCCAGCUUGGAUUCCAACUGUGCAUCUCAGGUUUAUGCCCUGAUAAUCAAGUACGGCUUUGCGAACAACACCUUCUUGGUGAAUGCAUUCUUGACUGCCCUGAUCAGGCACGGCAUGUUGGAGGCUGCCGCGCUGCUGUUUGACGGGUGCACCCACAAGGAUAUCGUCUCGUGGAAUGCCAUGUUUGCUGGAUUUCUCAAAUUUGCUUGCCAGGAUAUCCCACAGCUCUGGAACAAGAUGAUCCGCCAGGGGGUACAGCCAGAUGAGUUCACUUAUGCUACCGUCCUCUCUGGCCUGGCCGUGCUAUCGGAUCUUGAGACGGGGUUGCGGGUUCAUGCCCACCUUGUGCGAUCCGGCCAUGGGAGCGAAAGAUGUGUAGGGAAUGCUUUGGCGGACAUGUACUUGAAAAACCAGAGACUCGGAGAUGGGUUCAGAGCAUUUGAAGAGAUCCCUGUCAAGGAUGUGCGGUCUUGGACUCAGAUGGCGGCCGGGUGCCUGAGCUACGGGGAGCCUGUUGAGGCACUUGGGGUGAUUGCAGAGAUGAGGAGGGCUGCUGCUGCUGCCGGAGUAGGGCUCAAUGAGUUCACCCUUGCUACGGGGCUAAGCGCCUGCGCCAGCCUUGCCAGCCUGCGGGAAGGGGAGAAAUUUCACAGCCUCGCGGUGAAGCUCGGGGGUGGUGAUGAUGUGACGGUGAACAAUGCAUUGCUGGACAUGUAUGCCAAAUGCGGGGACAUGGACGGGGCGCUGAUGGUAUUCAGGUGGAUGGGCGAACACAAGUGUGAUCGCUCUGUGGUCUCUUGGACGACGAUGAUCAUGGGGUACGCACAGAAUGGGCAGCCCAAGGAGGCACUGGAGCUAUUCCAGCAGAUGAGAGCGGGAGGAGGAGAGGAGGGGGCGGUGGGAGGAGGAGAGGAGGGGGCGGUGAAACCAAACGGUGUGACGCUGACAUGCGUGCUGCACGCAUGCAGCCAGGGAGGGUACGUGGAGGAGGGGCUCCGACAUUUCCGGUCCAUGAGGCGCGGCGAGUACGGAGUCGCCCCGGGAGAGGAUCACUAUGCCUGCGUGGUGGAUCUGCUGGGCAGGGCAGGGCGCAUUGAGGAGGCGGAGCAACUGAUCAUGGGGAUGCCGUUGAAGCCACCGAGUGCUGUGUUGUGGAAAACCUUGCUCGCAGCGUGCAGGGUCCACGGCGACAUGGGGACCGCAAAACGGGCAGCAAGGCAUGCACUUGCCAUGGAUAACAGGGAUCCUUCAAUCUGCGUGCUCCUGUCCAACACAUUUGCUGAUUUUGGGAAUUGGAACAGCGUCGGGGCGGUGAGAAAACGCCGGAUAAAAGAUGACGACGACGAUGAUGAUAUCAAGAAAAUGCCUGGCUCCAGUUGGCUGCUUCGAGUACAUUGACUAUCCAUCUCAGGCUGCUGCUGCUGCUGCUUGUAUCAAACAAGACUACAUAUUACGACCACCGCCGCCACCACCACCAAACAAAGCAGAUGUGAUCAGAGUGGUUGCUACAGCAGUAGCCAGUAGGCAGUAGGCAGCAGGCAUGGCAUGUCCCGGCCUUUCCCUCCGUAGUAGUAGCAGAUGUGGAGGAGGAGAAAUCAACUGGUAGUUGUAUUAAAUAUUCAUUCGGCUACUGGCUUGCUUGCUUUGACCCGGGGUGGGGAAAGGGGGCUGGGGGUGGAUGGAUCAUGGAUGAAAAUGCCAUCUCCCCUCCCAAAAGUGGCUUGGCUUGAAUUGAAUUGAAUUCCCAGUGAAAAACUAAACUAAACUAAAUGAAAUGAAACGAAAUGAAAUCUCAUUCCCAACCAACAAGUUGAAACCCUCCUCCUUUCUUUUAACUGCUGUAUUUUGAUUGAGUGAACAUGAUUCCCUCCCUCCC